CGCUGCCGCCAAGCCCGCCCUCCGCAACACGGGACGCCCCGAUGGCUCCAGACAACGAGAAGCGGAAGCGCUACGACAGGCAGCUGCGCCUGUGGGGCGAGCACGGCCAGGCUGCGAUGGAAGAUUGCUCCGUCUGUCUGCUCAACGGAACCGGCGCCGGCACCGAGGCGCUCAAGAACCUCGUGCUCCCGGGCAUCGGCUCUUUCACGGUGGUUGACGGCGCGGUUGUCACCGAGGCGGACCUGGGAAACAACUUUUUCGUCGAGCAGCGCGACCUGCGCACCUCUCGCGCCGCGUGCGUCACGCGCCUGCUGCAGGAGCUGAACGAGCAUGUCUCCGGCGCCUUCGUGGCGGAGGACAUUGCACAGGUGCUCUCAUCGCGCCCCGACUUCCUGCACAGCUUCGGCCUUGUGAUCGCCACGCAGCUUCCCUCGCGCGAGCUCUGCGAGGUUGCGCGCAUCUGCGCGGACCGCUCCAUCCCGCUCAUCGCCCUGCACGUGCACGGCUUCUUCGGCUACCUCCGCCUCGCCCUCCCGGAGCACGUCGUCGUCGAGUCCCACCCCGCCCACGCGAUGCUCGACCUGCGCGUGCUGGCGCCGCCCGCGGAGCUGCGCAGCCUCGUCGCCGACCGCUUCGCCUCCCUCGCCGCCCUCCCCGACGCCGAGUUCUCGCACGUCCCCUACGUCGUCCUCCUGCUGCACGCUGUCGAGGAGUGGUCCGCCGCUCACGCGGGCGCCCACCCCUCCAGCUACGCGCAGAAGAAGGAGGUGCGCGCGCUGCUCGAGACGUACCGCCGCCCGCACCUCCUCUCGGACACGAACAUCGAGGAGGCGCUCGCCGCGGCAAACACGGCCCUCUCGCGGCCAGAGCCGAGCCGCGACCUCUCCUCCCUCCUCGCCUCCGCCCGAGGCCAGCGCACCCUGCUCUCCUUCUGGCUGAUGGCCGCGUCGCUGCAGGCCUACGUCGCAGGCACGCGGCUCGUACCCUUAGGCGCGUUGCCCGACAUGACGGCCGACACCGCCACCUACGUCCAGCUCCAGGAGCACCACCAGCCCAGCAGUCGGAGCCUCGACCUCGAGACCUCGAGACCUCGAGCCCCGCCCCCCCAAAGCAGCCCGGAGCUGACCCGCUUCUGCAAGAACGCGCCGCACUUGGCCGUCCUCCGCUUCCGCUCGGUCGAGGAGGAGUACGCGGCAGACGCGCCCGUCGCCGCCGAGCUGACCCGCGCUCUCGCCGCCGACGACCCCUCCUGCGCGAUCCUCUACAUCUUGCUGCGCGCGUCGCAGGCCUUCGCGGCGCAGCGCGGCCACGCGCCCGGCUUCGCCGACGCCGACGUGGAGUCGGACAUGCCGGCGCUGCGCUUGUGCGUCGCCGAGCAGCUCAAGAGGCUCGGGCUCAACGGCGAGCGGCCAUGCCCCGUCUCCGACGAUUGGGUCGCCGAGUACUGCCGCUGGGGCGGCGCAGAGACGCACAACAUCGCGUCGGUGCUCGGCGGCGUCGCGGCGCAAGAGGCCAUCAAGGCGGUGACGCGGCAGUACGUCCCGCUCAACAACACCUUCCUCUUCAACGGCUCCAACGGCGUCACCGCCGUCUACGAGCUCUGAGCCGAGGAGCGACAGCGGGACGAGCCCUGCUGCAGCGGCAGGCUGGAGAGCCAGCGCGGGUCUCUGGACUGGGGCGGAGUGGGUUGGGGCGGUGCUCCACCAGCUCUGCACAACUCGAGGGGCGCUCGUCUCUGCCCCUCGGCGCAGGCGGGCCGCGGGUCGCUCUCAUUACAUGCCGGGCGUCGAACGCCAGCGCGGGCCGAGCCACACCGCUCGCACGCAAAACAGCCUCUACGGUGUCUCCGGCUCGCAGAAGAUGGCAUGACUCUCAUGCGUCUGGGGCGGGACGUGUUGCGUACAGGGGAGGGGAGAAUGCUGACAGCGCACUCGUUAGCUUU